GGUGGUUAUUUUUCUCGCUAUCAUACUAAGGAAUUCCUAUGUAAACUGAAUUUUCCACAGGGGAAUUCCUCUACACCUGGAAUCCUCUGACUGUAUCCAUUUAGGUUGAAGACUUCAAAGUGCUCUGAUGGUAUUAAGUAAACAGUCACUAAGGAAAAGUUGCACAAUGAAAUGCAUAGUACAACUCCUGAACAACUAUUAAACUGACCCUAUUAAGCAAAGAUUCUAUUAAACAAAUCCAACCAUAUCUGCCCGAGAUUCCUUGCAUCCCCUGGUACAGACUGUCUAAACUUUACUGCUGCCCCCCAAACACCUCAACCAGAAUUCACCAGAUAUCUUCACCCCCACCCACCCCUAUCCCCAGAAUGGAUUUCUCCAACCCAUUUCAACAAUAAACAUUGCAUUACUUGCUUAGCACCCUAUCUCCUAUCCAACUGGCAUCCUACCCUGAGCAUCUUACCGCCUGCCAACCUGACCCUACAGCUCCCCUGUCUAUCUGGCACCCUAACAUCACGCUCACCAACUGUACUUAAGAUUUGACUAGCUUUCUAUAAGUGGCUAUCGGGGCUCUUAAAUUUCAGAAUACAGCAGCAGCUGGGAAAAGGGGUGUGGUUUGACCCUGCUUUACAUUCUGUGCUAUGAAUGAACUGCCAGAAUGGAAGUACAGUUCCUCAUUUCUGCAGGAAUUCUAAGCAGAAUCUCCUCUCAAGUGUGGAGCACCCUUUUGUAAAAAGGAAGAGCCUUUCUUCAGACCAUGUGGGCCAAUAUACAUGCAAUAUGUAGAAUGAAAGGUUCUCGCUUGUGUAUGUGUGUGUGUAUAUAAAUACACAAAUGUACAUAUAUACGUACAAAAGAGGAUAUAGGAAAAAUAUAUAAUCCACUUCACGUGCACUGGAACAAAUGCUUUUUCAAGCUAAGGUCAGUUCUUUCCACUGCUGGAAAUGUAGGACAGGAUUGUAUAAUUGUUCAGAUAUUCAUAGAUCAAAAAUGGCUGCAUAUUUCAUACACUACUUAAAUCUAACUGUUAAAUUAGUUGGUUUAAUCUAUUACAAGACAGCCAAAGUCUCCUGGGGUAAUUCCAAUACUACAUGUUUUCUGUUAUGUUAAACGAAUGAGAAAGUAUUGUUGAUACACUUGAGGUUAAAUGCAAUCAGUUGUUUGGAACAAUCUACUCCAUAGUUGCUCAGUUCCAUGAAUAAUGAAAUCAUUAGGUCUGUUUCACACAGCAAAAGCUGUUUGGAAAUCGGAAACUCAAACUAAGGAUAGCAGAAAAUCAAUUUGAUAGUCCCUGAAAACUGAUGCAGGAAUGUGCAAUUAAGCCAUGUCCUCUGAUUAUGAGGCACAUGAUAGCAAUUAUGGGCUGUUUUCAAUGAUUUUGAAGUCCAGCAGCUCAAGUUUUAAUGUUGAUUGGUCACAUUAACCACAAUAGCCAGUAGCAAUGGAAUACUUGCCUGAGACUGAGGUUAUGGUGGUAGAUUUCAUUGAGUAUGUCCUUAGUGAAGCAGAUACCUGAUACAUUGUUUCUCACUGAGAUGGGUGAAUAAUUUCCCUUAGAUUCUGGAUUAGUGUUCAUCAGUUCCACCACCUCCUUCUAGCAUGUUGUCCUGCUCAACGUGGCCAUUGUUCAUGCUCCAAAUAAUGCUUUAUUCCAAGGUGAAGAGCCCAAUAAUACACCCAUGUUUGGGAACAAUUUAUUUUGGAGCCUUGAAGCCAGCAAAGAGAGUCAGUCAGCACUUGUUACAUCACUCCUUGUAGAAGUUGCAGCAUUUCAACAACUAAUAAAAGCUUGAAAAACUUCUCAAUUUAAAGCGGAAACCAAAAGAUAGCAACCACAACCUAACUUUUUGAUAGGUCUAUUUCUUCAAAUAGUGCUGCUGGGUGGUCAUUCUUACUGAUAACAUUGUGCAUUCAGCUUUGCAAAUUUGAGAGGGUGUUAGCUGAUGCAUUAAAUUUCAACAUGGUGCAGAUAUUUUCAAAUUAACAUUGCACUCUGAUUGACUUUAUAAUGUGUCUGUUUUACAUGCCUCCACCAGUCACUCACUAUGCAUGUAGAAAGAACACCAAAAAUACAGCUGUACAAUACUUGCCUAAGCCUACCAAGGACACUGAUUCCCAGUGAAAUGCUUAGAGCUCCAAAAUAGCACUGCAGUACAUGUACACUCUUUUCAAGUGCAUCAUGCCAGACACCAUUUUGGGUGGGCAACUAUCAUACACAAAUAAUGUGUAUCGCACUUGGAAUAAAUCUUAAACUGCUAUUCUAUUCCCAAAUUAAUUAUGUUCAACUCUGCACAGUCUUUAUGACCUACAAAUUUCUGUACCAGUAAAUUUAAUACUUAAAUGGUUUUAUGAUCCAUCUUUAUCUGAUACUGUGAAAUCAGUUUAGGUUAAAAUUUAAGCUUCAGGGUCAAUACCAUUUCUGAUUUUGCAGGGAAUUAUAAGUCUUUUGCUGAAUCUUGGGUGUAUUUUAGCUGUUGAGGACUGGUGUGCUGUUUUUAUUGGGUUACUAUGUCAGCAGUAGGCAUUUAGCUUGUGUGCAUUGUAAUUGUGUCACUAGUAACAGGAAUUUGGAUGUAGACAUUUUUGAUCCUGGCAUCUGAUGGCCACCUAAUAGUGGUAAAAAUGAUAGUCUUGGGUCUGUUGUACUAUGUCAAAAUGCUGGGAAACACUGUUGAUGAUCUCUGGUUUUCUUAAGGAUUUUGCAAAUUGAGGACAACCAGAUAGCAAUCUUGGUUUUUCAUUUUACAUGAGCAUAUUGACCAAUGUGUUAUGUUGGGGGUGAAAUUGGCACUAAGUAGAAGGAAGCAAUAUGAAUGGAAUGGAGUUAAGGAAGUAUUUAAUACACUGUGAAUGUAGUGUGGAAAGUUAAAAUAGGAAGAUUAAGGAAGAAGCUUCAGGGUCAGGAGCACAGGUACAGAUAACAUAGUUAUCUUGGAUAGAGUUGUUGACAUAAGGAAGGAAUGUAGCCCUGAAGGAGGUCACUGAAGUUGGGCACAGCAAUGUGGUGGAGGCCUGUCAACAGCUGAAGGCAGCUUAAAAAGGACCGAGGUUAAAAUAUUGAGCAAGGGUCCAAGGGAAUUGUAGCAACAUUAUGAAAUAGUUCUAGCGUGUUGGUGCUAGAAACAGAGAUGUCAGCCAGGGAAAAUGAUAAGAACUGAAAUGGUGGAAUUCUUCUUAUUUGAACCAGGUUCUACACUUAUCACUGGACCAGAGGUGCUAGUGAGGAGUUGGAUUAAAUUAAAUUAACUUGAAUAUUUUUAGUCUUGUCUACUUCAAAAUCAGUCAAAACUUUGACUUAACUGAAACUUAAUGUUAAACAGGAGUUAGAGAGUGGACUAACAAUAUUGGAAUCAAUCAGGAAAGAAAAUGUAAAAUUUUGUCUUAUUGUGCAUAUGGAAUUUGUACUUUCAGAUACUGGCAAGGGGUAGCAUAUGGAUAGAAGAGAGGACCAGGGGAGAGUAAAAGCCAAGCAGAGAGAGAACAGUUCUCAGAAGGUGGCCUGCAAAGGAGAGACAUUGUGGAAAAUAGAAUGACGAACAGGGUUUAAAAGACAGAGAGAAAGUCCAGGAGCACAAGAAGGAGCAGUGACAGCAUCGAUGAUCAAGCUGAUGAGAGGGAAAUGUAUGAAUCUGAAAAUGGCAAUACAGCCAUGGUAGAAAGAUCAACGUCAAAAACAAAUUCUCAAGGAGGAAUGUCCAACAAGAGUAACAAUGUGGCAAAAAAUUCAAAAAGGGGCAAACAGCAGAACACCAUUUCCAAGCGUUCUGAGUCUAAUCAGAUUGUAUCCCAGAAAAGGUCCACAAACAGGAAUAAAGCACCAACAUUUAAGCAGCAGCAUGAUUCAAGGGUACGCCGAGAAAUUGAAAGAGACAAUAUCUGCUUUCUGGAAAGGCUUGCCAAGAUAAUGAACCCUCCAAAAGGUGGAAUUAUUUCAAGUGCCUAUAAUUUGAAAAGACCACCAAAACAUGAUCAAGAAAAAGCCAAGCUCAGGCAACAGAAGCUUGAGUUCCAACGUGUACAGAUUGAAAAUGAAAAUAUCGUAAUGUUGGAGAGGUUGGCUGAUAUAAUGGCUCCCCGCUCAGGAGGACCCAGCUGGAAUGACUACAAGAAAGGAAAAUGGAGUACAAUAUCAAUGACACAAGAGAAGCUGCCACAAAUUUCCCAAGAACCAAGGAGUGUAAUGUCCAGAAAACCAAUGCCAAAACAACAGAAGGACGUCCCCAUGAGAAAGGAUAGCAUUGAAGCAGCCAAUCUUCUCAUGCUAGAAAGACUAGCUAAGGUAAUGGCUCCUACUCCAGGUGGACCAAGUUGGAAGGACUAUGAAUCAAAAACUUAUGGAGCGAGUCACCGAUCAACAGGGCUUCCUAGCAUUCCCAAAGACAAAGGUGGAAUGAAACAGAAGAGACAGAAAUAUAGCACAAGUGACCAGAAUGAUAAAUGGAAGGAUAUAAACCAAAAGCUUCCUCCUGUUUCCUCAAACAAUAAGAAAAAUGAGAACUGAAAGAUCACCAUUAAGGAUUUGAUAAGAAGCUGGAGUGACAGUUCAGUGACAGCUGCUAUUUGAGUGCUUUAUUGAUAUUCUGUGUUGAUCAUUGUACUCUGUUUCUUUAUGGGGUAAAUAAA